AUGCAUGUUGCUCUUAAUUAUGAGAACCGGAACCCGGCAAUCAAGAUUGAGAGCAUCAACUUUGCUCUGCAAUCAAUCAUUCUACAAAUCAAGGAUUGGGACAAAGAAACACUGAAACGUUACCUGAAAGGCGACACAUUUGAGUCGACUGACAAGGAUCGAAUUGAGACUCUUCAGUCUGGCGGGUAUUUGGGAAAGGCCAUUGAGGAAAAAGCAAAAGGUGGGCGUGGUCGAUCUUCUGGAAAAGCAAAGCUGAACCGAAGGAUACUUCUGCAGAAGAAGAGUAACGGUGAAGAGGACGAAUCUGGAUACCCUACAAGCCCAGAUGACGAGUGGGAAGAUGUUAUGACUGUCUACGCAUCCAGAGAGCCGCUGAGAGGGCGUGAGUUCUUUGCGGCGGCUGCUGCAAAUGCAGAGUUGACACUCAGAUACAAGAUUCGCUACAGGGAAGUUGGUCUGCAGGACAUUUAUUACGCGAAAUUGACAAAAGACGAUGCUACAGGUGUGGAAUAUGGAACGCCGAUUGCUUUAGCGCCUGCAAUCACAGCAAAUGUAACACCUACCGUUGAAUCGGCUACGCUUCAUGGCAAUGACGGUCCAAUUGUAACGGCAAAUGCACUUAGUGAAAUUGAGGUGGAGAUCGGGGUCGCAAACCUUGAUUUGGAGCAGCAAGCAGAUUUGCUGGGCUCUACUCUCACUGAAGAUGGAUUGCUGUGGGAUAACUCAGAUGACCAAGCUCCGGAGGUCGCCCUUGGUUUCCGGCGUUCAAUGUCUGACGGUAGCUUUGUGUACACUUGGCUGCUCAAAGGAAAAUUCGCAUUGCCAGCGGAGGAAGCAACCACUAAACAGGGAGAGAUUGAGUUCCAGACACCGACAAUUACAGCGAUACGCCAAAAGCUUGGAGAAGGCGCUAAAAAAAUGGAGAACGAGACGUUGAGAUCUGGCGGUGAAAUAUUUGCUGCUGCUCAAAGAGAUUCCGUUGCUGUAAGUGAUAUCAAUCAUCUCCACAUCAAAGAUGAUAUUAAAGUCAGCUCCGUCCGAUCUAAGGACGGGGAUAAAUAUGUUGCUAUCGGACCUGGUGUUGAGCAGUCUAUGGCUCAAUUAGGACGUCGAAUGAAAGUCGUACAAUCAGAAUUCGAUGCUGCCUCUUCAAAGCUUGCUAGUUUCGGAAGCGCUGAGGAACAAUUACGAAGCAAGGCAGAAGGCCUGAACAAGCAAAUGGAAGUUCAGGGGCAGCGCAUUAUGCAACUCAAGCAGCGCCAUGAAGAGGCGGCGCGCGCCAAAGGGACCGAUGCAAAAGAAACGCAGAAUCUUGAGGCGAGACUGAACAAGGCUGUUGCUCAAUACAACAAUAUGAGCAACGCACUCAAAAGCACGGAGGCAGACCUCGCUAAGCAAACCUCUGUAUGGAAUAAGCUAUCUAGUGCAAUUGAAACUGCUGCCCAGAGGAUGGAAAACGCAGGACGGGCGAUGACUAAUGCAGGUCAGAGCUUGUCGAUGAUGAUAACUGCUCCAGCGGCAGCUGUCAGUGGUUUAGCAACAAAAGCGUCCAUUGAUUAUGAAACAGCGUUUGCGGGCGUGCGCAAGACGGUAGACGCGACGGAAGAGGAGCUACAGAAGUUUUCUCAAGGCAUAAGGGAUAUGGCUCAAGAGAUUCCAGCAGCUGCUACAUCUAUUGCUAGUGUAGCCGAAGCUGCCGGCCAGUUGGGCAUUAAGAAUGAGGCCCUUAUGUCUUUUACGCGGACCAUGACCGAUCUUGGUGUUGCUACAAACAUGACCAGUGAACAAGCGGCCACUGACCUCGCCCGUCUUGCGAACAUCACGCAGAUGCCACAAAAAAACUUUGACCGCUUAGGCUCAACCGUCGUUGGUCUAGGUAAUAACCUAGCUACAACCGAGAGUGAAAUUAUUGCCAUGUCACUCAGACUGGCAGCGGCUGGUAACCAGGUCAAUAUGACAGAGGCUCAGAUUUUAGCAUUAGGCGGAUCUCUAUCAUCCCUCGGGCUUGAAGCUGAAGGCGGAGGUUCUGCUUUUUCAAGAGUGUUUAUAGAAAUGGCUAAUGCUGUUGCUACAGGCGGGAAGAGUUUGAAUAACUUUGCCCUUGUUUCAGGCAAGAGCGCGAAGGACUUUCAACAGGCAUUUAAAGCUGAUGCGGCUAGUGCGGUAGUGGAUUUCGUGGAGGGUCUCGGCCGGAUGUCAGAAGCGGGUGAGAACACGUUUGCUGUCCUGGAUGCUCUGGGAUUGUCUGAGAUAGUUGUCCGGGAUGCUCUGCUUCGUGCAUCUGGGGCAGGGGAUUUGCUUCGCGAGAGCUUGGAGCUAGGUACGCGGGCGUGGGAAGAGAACACAGCGUUAACAAAUGAGGCUACAACGAGAUACGAAACCACUGCAUCUCAAAUGCAAAUACUGAAAAACCAAAUCACAGAUGCAGCAAUAACGUUGGGUGAUGCACUCGUGCCAGCAUUAAUUGCUGCAUUCCAAGCGGUCCAGCCGUUAAUUGAGGCAAUGACUAGAGGGGCAGAAACAUUCGCGAGUUUUGAUCAGUCAACUCAAACAACGAUAAUUACCGUUGCUGCAGUAGCCGCCGCUCUUGGUCCAGUACUAUUGAUUGUUGGGCAACUUACAAUAGCAAUAACAGCACUUAUACCUGUAGUUAAGGGUCUGGGAACAGCAUUGAUGUUUCUAAGCACGAACCCGAUCGUUCUGGCGCUCACUGCGAUAGCUGCAGGGGCUGCUUUAAUCACUACGAGUAUUAACAGUGCCAAGCAAGCUACACAGGAGCUACAGGCUGCACAGGAGUCGUUACAAGCAGUUCAGCAAAACGGGAUUGACCGGACAGAGGUGGAGGCGACACAAGAAAAGAUCGACAAGCUUAACGAGCUGGCUGACACCUAUCAACGAGUAGUGGAUACAGCUUCUCAAUCAAGUUCAGCGCAGAUGGGAAACAACAUGACUGCGCUAUUUGGCGCGGCCGAAGAACUGGAUAUUAAACUCGAGGACCUGGAAGACACUGCCCGUGAGUUUGGCAUCACUUUGGAGUACGUUUCGGACACAGGAAAGCUGACCACUAAGUCUAUGAAAGAGAUCAAGGCUGCAGCGGAUACCUACACUACUGCUAUAAAGAAUGCUCAAAGGGCUACGACGACAGAGAUUAAUGAAAUGGCUCGUGCUGUUGCUGUCCGUAAUCAGCAAAUAACCAGUACUGAAAAUGUGCUGAAAUCAUACCUUAACGCCAAAAAAGGCUCCCAAGAGUGGGCCUCUUCUCAGAAAGCUCUAAUUGAUCAGUUCCCACAGUUUGCGACGGCAACAGGGAUUAACACUGAAGCUGUAAAGGGCUUGCUGCUUGUAAAACGUCAGGAGAUUGAAGAGGAAUGGCGGAGUAUCCAGAUCAAAGCACAGGAAGCCCGUCAAGAGAAGUUAACAGCUAUUGCGAAGCAAGAAGCUGCUAUUGCUAUUGCUGAAGGUAUUCAAAGAAUUACUGGAGCAAGUGGACUGGCAGAGGUGGCUCUCAAUCGGAUGAAUGCUGAGCUUACUCGCUUACGUGGGGAAGCAGCAUCCCUUCAGGCGUUGCUCGACAUGAAACCAGGAGACAUCAAAUUACCACCUAUCACAGCGGCUCCUGCAGCAGCGAGUGCAGCAAAUUUGGAUUUGCCAACUCCUAAAACUAAAACAAGUAAACCUAAAAAAGAAAAGAAAGAAGCCGAGAAAGCAUACGAAAAUGCGGCCUUGGAUGCUGCAUACAAACAAAUGGAGCAUAAAAAGAAGAUGGACCAGCUCACAUUGGAGAGCGAGCUAAAAACGUUGGAAACCAUCCGCUCCAAGUAUGUUAAGACUGCAGAUGAACGCAUGGAGAUUGAAGAGCGUAUCUAUGCAGUGAAAAAAGAGCUUGGCGACAAAUCACUCGAGAAGGCCCUGAAGGAUUACGAUCGGUCCAAAGAACUUGGAAAACUCAAUGAGAACGAUGAAAUCAAUCGAUUGAAGCGUAUCAAGAAACUAUACGCUGACUCAGCGGAGGAACGGGAACGAAUUGAUGACAUGAUCUUUGAGGCUACUCAGAGAAAAAUUGAGAAAGAAAAGGAAGUUCGCAAAGAGGCUACGGAGUAUACAAGUAAAAUGCUCAGGGCGGCUUAUGAGGACCGGCUGGCGCGAGAAGAGCUGACAGCAGAGGAAAAGUACAAGCUUGAAGAUAAACUGAUGAACGAUCAAAUCUGGCUCAACAAGAACUAUCUUGAGAAAGUCCUCAAAGAUGACCGAUACACAGCAGCUGAGAAAAAACAAAUUGAGCGAGAGGUCACAGAGGCUAUCCGGACACAAACCAACGAUCGUCUAAAUCUUGCGCGCAGCUAUGCUGCUGAACAGAAAAAGUUAAUUGAGGACCAGAAGAAAACUCAGAUUGAAGGCAUAAACAACCUCUCCAAAGGCAUUCAAGAUGCUCUUAAGGCGAAGUAUGCCGAAGAGAAGAGAAUUGAAGAGGAAGGAAUUAAAGAAUCCAUCAGCGCUAAUGAGGCAUGGAAAACGAAUCAGCUGGAUGCCAUUAAAACCGUCUAUAACGCACGUGUAGAGGCCGCUCAGAAAGCAGCUGACGCAGAGAUUGAGCGGAUCAACAGCGUGGUCAAUGCUCAGAUUGAGGCUAUACAGGCGCAGCUUGAUGCUUUUAAUGAGGCGGAGAAACAACGUAGUCGUGCUGAGUUGGACGCAGAGGAUCAGAAAAAGAUUGAUCGUCUCAAUGGCAUGAUUGAGUAUGAACAUGAUGAUUUCAACCGUGCCCAGCUUCAAAAGGAAUUGAACAAGGUCAUCGCUGAUCAAAAUGAGCGGCACCGGCAGGAACAGCUCCAGGACACAAAGGAUGCAUUGACGGCAGAACAGCAGUCCUUAAGAGAGAAACUUGCUCAAGAAACCCAAGCCAUCAGAGAUCAGUUGGCACAAAAAAAAGAGCUUAUGCAGGCUGAUUAUGAAGCUGAUGUAGCGAGAAUAACGGCACUUUACGAGACACAAAAGGCUGCUCUCAAUGCUCAAUUGGCUGAGACGCAGGCAACGUACAACAAGAUGCUCGAUGCCAAGGCAAUCCAGGCAGAAGCUGAAAAGAUGAUUGUCCAGAAUCAGCAAGAGGACAUCAUUAAACUGCUCGAUGGUUUCGGAGAUGCGUACAAUGUAACUGGUCAAACUCUUGGCGAGAAGAUGGCCGGAGAGUUUGAACUGCAUAUCGCUUUGCACAAGCAACAUACAGAUAAACUGCAGAAAGAGAAUGUUAUCAUCAUUGAUAAUAAAGGACACAAGUCUGGAGUUAUCCAGUAUAGGGAAAUAAGCCAAGACGACAAGGGUAUUGAGAUAUUGAUCGUCAAAGGACCAUCGCUUGGGGGUGUUUUGGAUCGGCGUAUCACGGUCACCGACACUUAUGAUAGAGUCAAAGGCCCAGCUGAGACCGUGAUGAAACAUUAUGUGAAUAAUCAUCUUAUUAAUGGGGCCAAUCCAGACAGGAAAGUGCCCUUUUUUGCUGUAGCAGCUGACUUGAAACGUGGGAUGAAUACGCCGUGGCAAAGUCGCUUUGAACCUUUGAAUGGAGUCGUUCAGGGGGUCGCAGAAUGGUGUGAUAUUGGUUGGUUAGUUUCCCUUGACUACUCGGCACGGAAAUGGGUGUUUGAUGUAUUGGAGGGACGGAACCUUACAGCAGGCCAGUCGGCAAGACCGCCAGUUAUUUUCUCGCAUGAGUUUGACAACAUUGAAUCUCAAUCUUUCAUCGAUUCCGAUCAACAGUACAAGAACAUCGGUUACGCAGGCGGCAAGGGAGAGUAUGAGGAGCGACUGAUUCAGAUGGUUGGAUCCGGUACCGGUUUGGAUAGACGAGAGGUAUUUUUGGAUUGUUCCAGCGCAGAGGAUGCUGCUGAACUGGUGGACAUGGGCAAUCAGAAACUGGCUGAACAAAAACGGCUGCUCACUUUUGACGGCAAGAUACUGGACACACGAAGUUUUGUGUUCGAGAAAGAUUGGGACCUGGGGGACAUUGUAACAGUGCAAAACAAAAAAUGGGGUCUCACACUUGACAGCCGAAUCACUGAGGUCAAAGAGAUAUAUGAACCAGUGUCCAAGAUUGAAAUAUCGCUUGGGGAUGAGAUCCCGACAAUUACCCAAUAUGUCAAGCAGCUUAAAACAGAUGUAAAAAGGAGUGGA